CAGUUCCCCUCUGUGGUUUGAAUGGUUGAUGCCACAGUCGCUGGUUAAUGUGUGGCUACUGCCAGUUCUUGUUGGACGCUGGGAAGCAGACAGUCCAGUCACAAGCUUCCAGCUCACAGCCAGAGGUACCGAUUGCCACAGGCACCUGCUCAUCGCUCUGGAUCCUGAGAAGUUCGUAUUAUUUUACAGGGAUGUCAGCGCAGGGAACAUCAGGGAAGAGAAAUUCCUCCGAACCAGAACACCCUCUAAGGUUGCUGAGUGCUGAGUACGCCCAUGCGAUGAAGUUCAGGGACCGGCAGAGUUUCUUUGAAGAUGUGCUCCAGCCUGAUGCAGACUGCUUCACCAGAGCAUACUGGCAAAUCAAGUCUCAGAGGCCACCACUUAGCAGCGUUUCUUCAAUGGAAGUCAAUGUGGACACACUAGAGCAGGUGGACCUUUUGGAUGUGCCUGACCACGAAGUACUUGGUGACUUCCUUAAUUUCAACAUGGAUGGCUUUGAGGUAUCAGCACUGUCAGAUGAGCAAUUUUAUAAUAAUCAGAUUACUCUUCAAGAUCGAAAUUCUGCAGAAACAAGAUCCAGGAAGUCAUCCACUUCUUCCAAUUCCACGGACCCAAAUUCAGCUGAUGGAGCCGAGACACCAACUGUCCAGUCAGAUGAGGAGGAUGUCCAGGAUGACACUUCUUUACCUACAACAAGCACAGACCAAGACAUUGUGACACAACCCAGAAAUGAAAGCUAAAACUGAAUGCUAACAGCUGGGAGAGAAUAGCACACUGAAAUCGAUGUGCAAAGUUGAAAGGGGAUAGGAGCAGAAGUGAAUAGAAAUAAAUGUAAUUUUUUUUUAACAUUGGUGCACUGUUAAAAAUGACACAGACUCUCAAUGACAUAGUGUAUCUAAGUCAAAGGGGGAUUCUAUCAUCCAUAUAUUGUCAUUCACACACUGACUUUGGCAUACACAAGGAUUCACAUACUGAUCCAAUUAUGCAUGAAGUCAAGAGUAUCACAGUUCCAUAAACACACUUUGACAUUGCCAACAGAUAGUAUUCUUGUUGCAUGUAGGAUAUAGAUAGCCAAGAUUAUUGAUAUAAAUACUAAUGCAUAGAAACAAAGAUGCUAUCAUUUAUGAAAUCAAUAUCAUGCAGAUCAUUCAUUUUUAUUCUAAUAUCACAAGGAGAUGUUUCUGUGGGGCUAUUAACAUUUGGAGUAAUAUCAAAUGAUGCCAAUCAGGCACUAGGCAACAGAACAAGCUGCUAAUCUAAGACAGGCUGCAACAUGAAAACACUGCUGAGUUUUCCAAUACAGACAAUUAAAUGACUUUUAUCACCAAGAACUGACAACUGAAAAUGUGGCUUCAGGAAGAGAACUAAUUGUUUGCUGGAGUACAGCAAUCUUUCAUUUAAUAAAAUUGACUUUCAUCAUGAAAAGGACAUAUGUAAGGAGCUGUAUUGGAGAUUUAUUUCACUUUUUAUACACUUAAUGACAAUCAUGAAUCAUUUAAGUUACAAUUUUAUGGUCUCAAGUGUUUCACAUAAAUAUCUAUUUGAGUGUGAUAAACCUGUGGAAUAUGCAGUAAAAAGGCAUAGACAUCAUUUCUAAGUUGCUUCAACGUCACACUGGUGAGCUGUUAUGUUCUAAACAGGAAGAAUUUAAAUAUAAAUUAUAAAUUGGUUUAUUAUUGUUA